AUGCUGAUUAACUUAGGAAACGUAAAUGCGAUGGCGAGCGGCCUGCAUGUGGGUUCUGCGCUGGCGCAGGCGCACGAUGUGAAUACCAGGAAAGCCCAAACGAGAAGUAAGGAGUCGACAUGGGAAACAUCUGACAUAAUAGUGAUAUCCGAAGCAGAGACACCGGCUGAGAUUAUUCUUCGACUCAAUCGACUUGAAGGCCUGCUCCAGCAGCAAACUGCUGCUAUCUCGGCUCUGACCGAUCAUUUGCAGUCUACACCACGAGAAACAGAUACUGCCAGCCAUUCAAACUCGAGCCCAGUCACACAAUCAAAUUCUCGCUCAAAAAGUAUACAUUACACAUCGCCCAACAAGAACCCUCUCGUAGGGGAUCUUACUUAUGAAUACAGCGACGAUGAUCCGCUACUUAUUCCACUGGGGCAUCAGACGCCAACGGGGAACUUGCUGGUACUGGAACAAGUGAAAACCUUGAUUGGAGACUACCCACAAGACUUUUUUCUAUUCCUAGAAUCCGAACGCAAGAUACAGCCGUUGGUGCCUAAGACUUCACGUUCUUCGAUCAUGGAGAGGCUUGCUUUGAACCGCCAUACAGCAAACUUUCUGAUCGAAACAUUUUUUACUCAUGUCCAUACCCAGUUUCCCAUUCUUGAAUGCCAGCCAUUUUUGAAGAUGUUUCAAACAUUCCUAACUGAUCCUGCAAUUAGCGAUAUUACUUCGGCUCUUUGUCUCACAGUACUUGCUCUUGGAGAAAUUUGUUCCGGUAUCAAUGAGGAUUUUGACAUAGAGGUAUCCUCAGAAGGCAAUGGAACAGAAUACUUUUCCCACGCGUAUCAAAUAUUAAGCACUGUGGAGACGACUUUCUUCUCAAGAGAUUUGAAUGUCCCCCUGGCUUUCUUUUAUGCCUCACUAUAUUUCCGAUACAGAGGCCGGCCACUCCAAGCAUGGAGAUUGAUUCAUACAGCCUCAAGUGCGACUCAACUGAUGUUCUCUUACUUGCAUGACAAAAGCAUACCACCAGACCAACAUGCAGUGCUUGUUCGAAUCGCCUGGGGCUGUUAUGUUCUCGAAUGGUUAGAUCCCUUUCACAGAGAUCCUUUCUUACUUCUUGAUACUGGCUGA